AGUUUCGCUAUUGUUGUCCAAGAUCCGGUUGCAUAUCAUUGUCUUCGUACUCUGUGGGUUCUGUCGGGGGAAAUGAAUCUGAUAGUCACUGUAGUCUGUACAAAGCGUAGCCACUACCUUUAACAUAUUACAGUUAGGGACUUUAAAGUUAGUGUACUCUUCGUUAGGUUACAUAGCCGAAUUCCUGGAUUGAGUUGGUCACUCGCUGAGUCUACUGAAAGAACAUUUCAGUGUGGCAUUAGUAUAAGGAUGAAGGAACUCAGUAGGAUAGGUGGUUAUACAAGAUGCAUUGUAUAACAUUGAGGGAGCAUCUACGUCAUCAUAUGGAUAACUAUUCCUUAGACUAAUGCAGGUCACGCAUUCCUAUGUCGUCGUAGUAAUUAGGUAUUUCGGUGUUUAGGAAGCUUUAAGGGAUAUGUGGCCAGGUCACAGCACUAGCCAACGAUACCACAUUGCGUUGUACUGAACACAAAAGUAGUGGUGUGUGUCGGGCUGGUAGCUGAAGCUUUCACAUCCUGUAAUCCAGUGUUUGUAUUUGUCUCGCACUUUGCACUCGGCUUACUUGGUGUGGUUUGGUGACGAGUGCCUUGGAGGUGACCAGCUUCCCCAACUGAGACUUCGUAGAAUUUGACAUCAUGAUGGCAAACCGCUUGCGGUUCCUUGACUUACAAAGGGGUCUGUCUACCCAUUCUUUGGUAGCGAUCCACAGCACAGAUAUUCCCAAUCUUGAAGGUUUAUGGGCACGUUACUUGGAAGUGAUUCUCGCAUUUAAUAGGUUUUUGCAAAAUGAAAACAUGUCACUGAUUUCAAGCAUCAAGAUUGGUUAUUUGUCUACAGUAAAGUCAGGUUAAUUCAGGAUGUGGUGGUUAUUUGCGUGUGCGCAUAAGUCUUGAGUUUGUGUCAACCUAAGCGGUGACGAAAGUGCUUCGCAUGCAUGUUUUUAUCAAGCAUUUGACUUUAAAUAUGGUUGUUUUGUUAGAACAACUCCAAGCCUAAUUUGAUUGGAGUUGGUAUGCACGGGCAAGGAAAACACAUCUAGUUGGCUGGCCAAAGGAAGGCGGAUGCCAGAUAGCAUCCUGUUUUUGUUUUGAGUCUAAAGGGGACGGUGCUAGUAAUAUGGAUCUGACUUGUUACGGGUGGUUGUGCUAGACUUACGUCAACCCCCCCCCCCCCCGCUUAGUGUUAAAGUGAAAAUCAGACGAGUUUGAAUCUGCUGUCAGUUGUAUUGUAGUCGCAGAGCCAACAAGACUGCUCGAUGCGUAUCGAGAGCAUCUGACAGAUUCUGGUGGGAUUAUGCAACAGUCAGUUUCUGCACUAGUGGAUUUGAUGUCUUCUGCCAACCGCAAACUAGUUCCAAAGUGCAUUUCCCUAUGUAUUAUUGCUUCAUCAACACCGGAAAUCCAACUGCAGUUGUGUGAAGAUGGUGCUUGGGACAUUCUACUCAAAUGGCUCCAAGAAGCUCUCAAGGAAGACAACUACGCUUUUCUGUUAGAGCUUUUGAAAGUGUAUCUGCUCUUACCUGUUCGGUUAGAGCAUCUGACACAAAACGUUUGUCCUAAACUUAUAAACUCUCUCACGAAGCGUUGCGACCAUGAGGAAGUCAAAGCUGUGGCUGUUGAUAUUGUGAAGAAAUGGAAGGGAGUGAUAAGCUCGGACUCUCGUCGACUGGACUCCACUCAUGUAAAAAGAAAGAAAUUGGAACCUGAUACAAAAACCCUGGACAAAGAAGCGCAUAUACAUGAACCGAUAAAAGAUGAAAAGAAGCGACGCACUACUGUCAAGAUUCUUCCCAAUAAUAUGCGAACUGCGGGGAUAGAGGAUAACACAGCUCAAGGCCAACCUAAGUCUAGAUCAGAUAUACUUGCAAAGAAGAGCAAAAUUGAUCACGACAUUGGUUCAACCUCAGAACUUCCUAUUGAAAGUUUUCAUCAGAAAAUUACUGUUACUCCAACUGAACCACGCAAAGAACUACAUGAGAGUUCGGAUUUCAUUAACGCAUUAACCACAUCUCCAUGUCCUGUUAUGCGUAAAAAAAAGAAAAUUUCUCUGAAGACUGAACCAGCCAUAUCAUCUGACCUUUCUAUAAACAAGGAAGAAAAUUCAAUGGAACUGUCAGACCAAAGUUGUAUGGCUGAAUCUUCUCCAGGUUCACCUAAGGGAAUGGGUUCUAGAAAAUCUUCGUUGUCUAACAUAUAUUCGACAUUCCCAACAGAUAGCAAACCCAAAAAACGAGUUUCCUGGGCUGAUGAGGAUAAAUUGCAGUCUUUCUAUUACUUUGAACUAGAUGAAUCAGAAAGAGUAAAUGUGAAUCGCGUGUCCAUUGAGGACAUCCGUCGAAGGGAGCACUCCAUGGAACGCCAGCUUUUCAAACGUUCGCAUGAAGAUUCUGAGGUUUAUUCUCAAAAGUGGCAUCCGCCUUGUCAAUUGGAGCGUCUUUUCUUGGUCGAACCAGGUUGUAAAUCUGUUGAACGUCAAAUUCAGUUGGAACGAGAACGCUGUGUUCUGCAAGCGAUCUAUUUCACACGUGAAAGCAUUCCAUAUAGUCCUGACGAACCUGAUAUGGAGGUGGUGGAGCAUGUUCCCCCACUUGAUAUACCUCUGGAUGAUCUCACAAUUUACGAGUCAACUGACAGAAAUCCACAUAUCGAUUCAGAAAAGUUACUUGUUAAAGAUUCCAUGGGAAAUUCACAGAUGUCUUUAAAUCCUGAGGUUGCUAACCUGGUGAAGUCUUUGGCAGCCAAUCUAACCAGUUCUCCUUCUGAUGUGGUACAACAAAUCUCGCCACACACGAGUUUUAAUGUCGGUACUACAUCUUCCUCUGAAUUCCCUUCGCAAUCAAAUACGUCUCUUCCUGUUCCUAAUGGGUCUGCGCUAAAUAUAACUAGUCCAAACUCUGAGUCAAUUCGGGGGACUGACGCCAAUUCUCCUAUUGAUCAGACACUUCAAAAAGAGCUGUGGGAAGUCUUAGAAAGGAACUACCCAGAUAUUAACGUCCAUGAUCUGAGCGCUGAACGUAUUCGGGACCUUCUUGAACCGUUGCGAGACCAACUUGUGGCACGAGGCAUAUUUCAGUUCCGCAACCCAUGCCCACCACAAGCACCUUUUCAGUAUUCUGACUCUCCAUUGGAUCCCCCUGUACCUCGUCAAUCGUUUCGCCCUCCCUUUCACCCUCCUUCACAUAUACCUAAUCCUAUUCCUAGAUCUGACUUCAUACCUCCACCCCAUGGUCCGAGAUUAUGUCCUAAUCCUCCUGGUUUCGGACCAGUGAAUCGAAAUCUCGGUAGACCUCCAUUCCAAUCAUUAAGUCCCACAUUACCCCAGUAUACAUCAAAUUCGAUACCACAAUAUAAUGGUCCUCCUCCUCCUCCACUUCCUUCUCGUGCGCCACCUUUCCCUCGUGGAAAUUCGCGUGCUAGGAAUGGUCAACCGUGCAAGUUUUUUCAACAGGGUGGUUGUCGUAAUGGUCAGUCGUGCAACUUUAUGCAUUCUCGGUAGAAGAUUCCCUUAUUUACUCCUUUUUGUCCAUAAUUCUGUAUAGCAUUGCUUAAAAUGUGAUUCAUGCAUUUGGCUUUCAAAAUUAUCUGAGGUUAACACCUACUACACCUACUUAACAGUUUGUAAAUAAAACGCUGAAAGUUUUGUACAGUUCCUUUUGAAACAGAAUAUUUAUUUUGCAAAGUUCAUUAGUUUUACUAUCAAUAAAAGAACGGAAUUCACUAAGCAAUUUAGCUAUUUUUUUAUAAGUGGAAUUCAUUUUCUCCGUUUUCAUUUAUAUAGCAUAGCGGUCCUGUUGAUCGCAUAUAUCUCAUUAGCUUCAUUUGGAUUUGCUUUUCAGCUGACUUCAAAAACACCUUAAUUCAAAGGUCAUUUUAAUGCAUUGCAAGCUUUAUUUACUUUUCUUAUUCCAAUCUGAUUCAUCUUCGUGAUUGCCAACUCGAGUAACUUAUUGUCUUAAACAUCAUUGUUUUUAUCUUUUCUGUAAGUAGCUUUGACUUACAAACAAGGUUAACUUCUACUCGUUUUUCGACGGAAAACAGUGUUAUUCGUCCAGCAUGAGGUUCUGUAUGUUGACCCAUUAUCAUGCCCAUUGGUUAAUGGGUAUCGGUAAAUGCCUGGAACAAGACAAUCGAUUGUUAAAUGGUCCAUUGAAUGUUUUUUUCAUUUCUUUCACUCCUUAGUUUUCACCAGAAAACAGCAAUGCAUGGAUUACUGCUGUUUUCCGCGUACAUCUACGAUUUCACUCUAAACAGCAAACAUUGUAGAUAUAAUGAACCUUAGGAAAAUAGUUUUUAGUCAACUAUGAAGUGCAGGUUACUAUGACAGUACGUAAAAGUAGUAAGGCAGAAGCAUUGGGUUAUUCAUUACGGC